UCGACAACAUCAACAUGGCGGCUAUUUUGAAGGGUCUGUUUAGGAAUUCAUCAGCUGGAAAAUGCAGCAGUCGGUGGUUGUAUUCAUGCUGGAUUCAGAGAUCCUGCAAGGAAAUGUCUUGUGGCUUUUGUGGCAAGAGUCGAUUUUUAUCUACAAGGUAUGAAAUCUCCAGUUUGCAGAAUUUUUAAUACAGAGCAUGACAGAACUAGACGAGAUCUCGUUCUUGCACAGGCAUUUUUCGCCUCGCGUAGCGAAUGCAAACUGAACUUGUUGCAACAAAGCAGUUUUUCAGUGCCAUUCUUUAGUAAACAGUCUUUCAGCCACAUACAAAGAAGAUCUUGGACGCGGCAUAGCACAUCCUCUUUUAUAAGAGUCUGGCCCUAACGUUAACAGGGCAAGAUGAUAGUGUUGCACAUAUGUAACCUAUAUGAAGAUGUGCUACUGCCAGGCAAAUACUUUUGCCGGAAAUUCUGAAGUUUAUUCCAAUUGCUUUUUUAGUUAGCACAUUAUAUUACCAACAAUAAGAACACAUGUACACUUAUUCUUAAUAAUAUAUAAAUAAAUAAACUCACUUGAAUUAGUUUCAAUGCCAUUUUCGAUGUGAAAGGUUUCAUUCAAAACUGUACAUGAAAAUCGCAAUCUUUAUCAAAGAAUACUUGAGGAAUUGGAGGUCUAACUUGUUAUGACCACAAAGCUGUGCACAGAAGUAGUUUUGUCGUGAAGUCCGUCAAAAUUCCGAAGACGCUUGAUGCUGACAGUUAUCCACCCUUGCGAGAUGAGAGUCUCGAUUCAAGAGGCGAGUGUCUCAUCUCUAGAGAUAAGCUUCUCGAUCGUCUUGAGACCCAAGAGUCUCAUCUCGCGAGAGGGUGGUAACUUACAUAAUUUAAGCGGUACUGUAUUGGAGGGAUCCCUGGCCAGGUCUCCCUAGAUGGUCUUGUGGUUCCCAUGGUUGUGUCGUUAGANGGGGGGGGGGGGGGGAAUGUGAUCUUCUCUGAUCCAGGUUUUGUCAGUUGCCCACUGCUUCCAAGGACAUUAUAAUGUAUAAGGAAUGCACUAAUGGUAUUUCACCUUAUUACAGUUAUUGUGUUUGAAACGUGACAACAAUCUUGUUUAUUUUUUUGUUUGACAGCUCUGAUCAAGAAAAAUUGAAAUUUAGUUACUGCCAAGGAUUAUCUGUACAACGGUUCAUUGGUGAAACCAUUGGCCAGAGACUGGACAAAACUGUUGACAGAUUUCCAGACCGUGAGGCUUAUGUGUUCUGUGAGGACAAUCAAAGAGCAACGUUUGCUGAUUUUCAGGAGGAGGUAAGGGUUGCAUCAGGUCAAAGGUGAUGUAGGUUAAUUCAAGAUAGUUUUUUUUCUCAUACCCAAUUAAUCCAGUAGGCACAAAGUGUGUCACUGCCAAAACACAAGAAACCUGCAUAUUGAGUAUUGUGUAAGCAUAACAGUCAAAGCUCCCUUAAGCAGACACCCUCUUGAAGCAGAGGAAGUUGAAAGCUUUCUGCUAAUGGGAUCGAUAGGUUAUUUAGGCAGGGAGUUUGAAUGGGCUUUUUUCAAGGCAGCGAUAUGAGCUAUAUAAGUGUCCAUCGUGAAAAUGAUUGCACUUUCAUGUGCUAGACGGCAGUGUCAAAGUUUGAACAAUAUGUAACUCAAGCAUAGAGUCACACGCAAGUGAUGGAUGAUUUCCCUAUUAUAGUGCCUUUGCUUGCCAAUUCUUAUUGUUUUGGGGAGAAGACAAACAUUUACUCUUGUCGGAUAGAUCUUGACCAUCUGCUAUUGUGUUUGUGUUUGUCAUUUUGAGAGAUAAUCAUAAAUAUUAUUAUUGUUUGAAUUCAGGUAAAUGAUCUUGCUGCUGGACUUUUGGCCAUGGGUUUAAAGAAAGGUGACCGUGUGGGGAUGUGGGGUCCCAACACCAGAGAAUGGGUCAUCACUCAGUUUGCUACAGCUAAAGCUGGACUGGUACUGGUAAGUUACUGUUGUCAUUAAUCACGAUAAAGAAAGAUGAGGACAAUAGCUGGAGCUUUACACUACUGUGUUGUGUACAAUGUUUAUUUAGCAAUGUCCAUCCUGCCUGAGGGCUAGUAUAGUAUCUGUUUUGUCGCACUUUGAAAAAGUAAGGAUGUCAGUACUUUUAUGCAAAUGCCUUAUAACUUCGUUCUUGUUUUUCUAUAGGUCAACAUUAAUCCUGCUUACCAAAUUCCAGAAAUGGAGUACGCCUUGAAAAAGGUAACUAGGAAUUACUGGCUAGUGCCUUGUCUUCCAUUAGGUGGUCUAGUUUUAAGUUGCAUUUUUAUUUACAUUUAAUAUUAUAACCAUCACUUUAAAAUCUUAUCACUGACUCACAGGUUGGCUGCAAGGCUCUUAUAAUGGCUGAUCAGUUUAAAACCCAAGAUUACUACAAGAUGUUGACACAUGUUGUACAUGAACUUCCACACUCAAAACCAGGAGAUCUCUACAGUGAGAGGUUUUUAUUAUUAUUUUCUGAUUUUUGUGACGUACCAGUGCAGUAAAAAGGUAAAACUAACCAUAAAUUUUCACGCUUUUCCUUCAGUCAAUUUUUUAAAAAUAGUCUUAUUUUUUAACAGUUGCAGUACUUACCUUCAAACUGUCUUCAUUUUGUUAAAAUUUGUAAGAGCUAAUUGCCUUUAUUAAGAAAAAUAUCAAUUAAGGAAUAUUGGCAAAAUCAUCUUCACGACCCAAUGUUUUUUCCACUUAAAAAUAUUAAACAAUAUUGUUUUUAUAAUGUGGCAAAGAUUGAAGACAUUUCCCUGUGGAAAAUUAGGAAUAUUAAGAAAAAAUGAUAAAACUAUUCCUGUCAAAGAUGCAAUGGAGGUGUUAAGAGACUAGACUAUAAGCAUACUUCUUGCAAUAUGUGCAUACGCCUUCCUGCUUUGCCAGGAAGAGAAUCGAUUUGCUUGUCCCCAUUUCUAGGGUUACUAAGAAAGUAAAUACCUAAAAGCUUAAGAAAUGCUUUCUGUUUAAUUCACAUGUAUCAAAAGUAGACGUGGGGAGAGGUCUUUCAACUUUACCCUUAAAAACCAUAUCCUUGGUUGUAGUGAGGUUUAUAGUCAUAAGAUUGUUCUGGCCCAACUAAGUGUGUUUUCUACUUCGCAGGGAGUUUAGUCUUGGGUUCCCUUAACCAACACACUUAAAGUUAAGUCAUCUGCAAACUUAACAAAAGUGCUUCUGUCAGAAUCAACAGCUUGUAUAUCAUUCUGAAACAUUACGGAAAAAGAACAGGCCCUAGUAUAGUGCUCUGAUGUACACCCCUUUUUAUAGGCUAAAAAGGGGUCAUGUUACUAUCAGCUAUUACUCUUUGUUGCCCACUAAAUAACAGAUUAAUAAUCCAGUUAACAAUGUAGGGAUUGAUGACUUGUUAAAUAAAAUAAAGUGAUAUUUUACCUAGUCUUUCACUGUAUCUAGCACAUUCAAUCUCUAAAAUAGAAAGAGGUCAUAAAAUUUCUUUCAGUAAGUUAAUGUAUUUUUGUAGCAUUUUUUGUCUCUUUGAAAGCUUGAGGCAGCACACAGGGAGCAAUAUUUCAAGGCAGUUAGCAAGGCUCACUCAACAAAGACAGUUAGUAAGUCCUUUUCUCAAAAAAUGUAGUUACUAGUUGAAGUACAAGUGAUGAGGUGAUUUAAAGCACUUAGUAAUAAAUAGACAGUCAGACUAUAAUAUUCACAGCUACGAGUAUAUUGCUUCAUUAAGAUAUCUGGUUUGCAUCACUAACAUUUAAUGUUUAAUUUGAUAUUGAUGUGUACAGAGUUCCUGAUCUUAAAUUGGUGGUGAUGGCAAGUAAAGAUCAUGAAAGAGUGUUCAAGUGAGUAUCUCAAGAUUUUAACAUUUUUCAGACACUUAGCAGAUCAUCAUGUUUGAAAGAAAUUUGGGAGCUUUGUCCAUGAUUUAUCAAAGUGUGGCUUAGCCAUUCCUAUUACAAGAAGAACAUAGGUGAUACUGUAAUUAUUUUCAGUGGGACAUUUUCAUUUCAAGAGUUAAUGGAGAUGGGAGGCAUAGAGGACAGACAGCAGGUGGAAAAUUUACAGAAAGAACUUCAAAGUGACGAUCCAAUCAACAUACAGUAUACUUCUGUAAGUAAUAACCUUACUAAAAUGUAGCAUGAGGAUCCCUUAAAUUUCCUUCAUACAUUUACUGUAAUUUUACCCUCAGUAACUCCAACCCUCAAUAACUCGAACCUUCGCUAACUGGAAGUAAUUUUUGUUUCCGUUCAGACAAUUUCUAUAUAAUUUUACCCCCCGAUAUCUCGAGCCAUGUUUUAAGAGCGUAACAGGUCAGAAAAAAAAACAGUGUACUGAAGUCCAAAACAUUGAAUUUAUUGAUAAACAACAGUGUCAAUUCUUUGUCUUUAUUUUUAUAUCACCCCAGUUCAAGUUCUUUGUUCAUCCCUGUGUAAUUAAUCAAUCUUUGCUGCUUGAUUCUUUUAAAAAUAUCAAACUACAACUCUUGCUGCCCUUGAAGUGAAGAGUGCAUGAUUCUUGCAUUCCCUUCCCAUCCAUUUACUUAUUUCCUUAUUUUCAGUCAAUUUCUAUGAAAUCUUGAUAACUCGAACUUUUUUCAAUUUCCCUUGAAGGAUCGAAUUAUCGGGAGUCGACUGUAUUUCUAGAUUCCAAUUUUCACAAUGACUGAGUGACUUCUUGCUUGUUGAUGGGUUGAAAGCUAUGCUCUGUGAGAGUGCUGUGGGGGGAAAUGAUUUGGUGAUUUUGCAAUUUGUUUUUCUUUGUUUCCUGCAUUUCACUAUAUUAAGAAACUUCCCCUGGAAACGUAGACUUAAAAAGAUGUCAAUGUUUUUGUAAAAAAACAAACAAACAAAUGGACUACAAUUUUCCUAAAUCAUAAAAAACGACAUCAUAAUGUCAAUAAACUCAAGUUGUAACACGACAGCACCAGACGAGUGGUUUCACUGCAAAGUUUUGACAUUUUGACCUCAUUUCUUUGACUUGUAAGAGUUGAUUAUCCAAUUUAUUUAAACUUUCUUUCCUUAAACAGGGCACAACAGGAAAUCCCAAGGGAGCAACAUUGUCUCACCAUGGAAUUCUUAACAAUGCACAUUAUGUUGGAGAAGUUUUGAAUUAUGAGAAUCAGGUAAUUUUUUUAAGGGUGGAGCGAAAGGGAAAGUUACUCAUUCAAGCUUUCACGAUUGUAAACUUUUGGUGUCAUGAUUUUUUUAAAAUUAGGUAUUCAGGUAGCAGAGUGGUGCGCCUUCAAAAAGGCAGUAAAAUUUCAAAGUUUAGUAAUCAGUAGCUCACGUCAGGAAAUUAAAUGGCCAGAGGUUUAACUACUGUUUGUUUUAUUUACUUUAGUAUUCCAGAAUUUGUAUUCCUGUUCCACUUUACCACUGUUUUGGAAUGGUGCUAGGAAGGUAUCCAAUCUUCUGCUAUGUUUGUCAAUCUGAAACGUGAUUUGUUCCUGUAUUACAUGUAUUGUAGCUGAAACAGUAAAAAUUAAUAAACCAUUUCUGAGUUCCAAAAACCCUCAUAUUCAAAACGAAGCUAAGUGCAAUUCCUUUCUUGUGCAAAUGAAAUUAAAAAUCAUUUCCAUAUCAAUGUCUUUCCACUUAGCCUAGCUUUAAAUCAGAGGCUUGGGGCGACUCGGAAAUGAAAUUAGUGUUUCUGAUUGGUCGUGCCGGGUGGGAAAUUUGCCUCAACCAAUCAGAAGCACUACCCAUCUGGUUAGUGAUGCGUCAUCAAUUUGGAAUUUCUGCAGUCGUCCCUCAGACGUCAUUUGGCGGGAAACCAGUGGUGGCAUCGUGAAAUGUCGGCUGUUUUCACCGCUAGUCCCCAUUGCUAAUCUCAACACUAGACUUCAGCCCUGGAUAUUGGCAAGAGAUGGCCGGGGUUACCCUACCUCUGUGCUCUGUGGUAUCUGAGUGCUUUACCCGCUAAAUUGAAAGCUAGAACAACUAAGCUUAUGUUACAAUUCUCCUUUCAGUUUAAUGUGUGCAGUCUAUGGUACAACGUCAGUUUACCCUUCUCGAGGAUUUGACCCUGGAGCUGUCUUAACGGCCAUUCAGCAAGAAAGNUUACCCUAUCUCUGUGCUCUGUGGUAUCUGAGUGCUUUACCCGCUAAAUUGUAAGCUAGAACAACUAAGCUUAUGUUACAAUUCUCCUUUCAGUUUAAUGUGUGCAGUCUAUGGUACAACGUCAGUUUACCCUUCUCGAGGAUUUGACCCUGGAGCUGUCUUAACGGCCAUUCAGCAAGAAAGGUUAGAAUUUUGUUCUUUUUAUUUCAAAUAACACUUUCAGGAAAAUUCCUCGAAAAAUUCCAACUUUUAUUUAAAAAAACUUGGAAACAAGCAGCAUUACAGGAAAGCAAUGGUAGAAAGCUCUUUAAUAAGUUCCUUCACAUGUUUAGAAAUAAACGUAAGAAGUUAUUGUAAACCGCAAGGGGUGCAUACAACAGUGUCAGAGUAAAACCUUUGUGUGCACCAUAAACAGUAACUGACAGCAAUGAAAAAAUUGCCGCGUCAUUGAAAUUCAGUCCUGAAUUCAAAGCUGAACGCAAGCACGAAACUCUCAUCUCACUUAAGCAUCUCGAUCCCUGACCUAAAUUUACUACAAGGUUUUAGAUUUAGUACGCUGUGACAUAUCAUUUCUCGUAUAAAGGUCCCUGGUUGGCCUAUUCACUUUCUGAAUGCUCUCCUUGUUUGUGUAUGUUUUUUUGUUUGUUUACUUGUCUGCAUAGAAUGGGUUAUGCUGUAGAAAGUACAUUGCAUUUUGUUUCAGGUGUAAUUCUCUGUAUGGAACACCUACAAUGUUUAUCGAUGUCCUCAACCACCCUGCGUUUGAGAAAUUUGAUGUCAGCAGUCUUAAUACAGGUCGAUAAUAGAUAGAUAACUAUAGUAUUCUGUUUUCUCUAAUAAUGUACAUGUAGUUUCUCGUAACUUACUAGAAAACGAAGUUGGCUCUUAACCAAUCAAAGGCAUCAUGCAAAACAAGCGGCGUGCUUUGGCUUUCUAGUUGUGUGUUUUUCAUUUUCAUCCAGCUAUCUGCUGGUUGGCUUAUUCUGUUUGCUGAGAUUGUUGAGAAUUGAUAACUGUCUUUCCUUUCUUAUGAUUGAGGUAUCACCUGACUGUUACAUUAAAUUCAGAAAAAGGUGGACGGGGAAGAGAAUUUGUCCUAAUUUCGUGCAUAUGUCUUUCAGGCGUCAUGGCUGGUUCACCCUGUCCAAUUGAAGUUAUGAAACAAGUCUUAACUAAACUACACAUGCCUCAAGUCACGGUAAAUACAGAAUGACUCUACUUGAAAAAUAUGACUGUUAAGGUGUUUUCCAGCAUUCAACAACUAAAGUCCAGUUUAGAAUUGAAUUCCGAGCACUUGUUCCCUGAAGCGAAUGAAACAAAACUCUUCGGGUUUCCGAAAAAACGAGUACCACCUCGCGAGGUAAACCUGAAUUUUCGAAAAUUUCUUCCCCGGAAACUCGUUUGCAACAUUGUUGCGACAUUUUAUCGCGUUGCACAACAUUGUUCCAACAUUUGCUACCCUAAAAAUCGUCUUUGCAAGUCGUUUCGAUCGUAUAUACAUCAUCUUUAGUCAAGCUGGGUGUUUAUCGAGUAAACGUUAUAAUUGGCAAAGCAGUUGUUACUUAAUCUGAUAAUUUGUGAGCUUGAUGUGAUGGAUUUUGCUGUAGAUCUGCUAUGGUUUAACGGAAACAAGCCCGGUCACAGCUCAGACGCUGAUGGAUGAUCCAGUAGAUUUACGAGUUUCAACGGUAGGACGAGUGCACCCCAACUGCGAGGUACGCCGCUCUCAAUACAAACAAUUAUGCUGCUAAAUGAGAUAUUUUAUGUUUACAGUCCAACCCCCGUUAAUACGCACGCUGAGAGGACUACAGAAAGUGCUUCCGUUUUAAGUAGGUCUCCAUAUAGCCUCCCACGCAGACGUUCUCAGGGCUUCGUUGGCGAGGAUUGCGUGACAUCUGGGUGAGAGGCUGGUGUCCAUAGUCAUGUCAUGCUGUUUUAUUGGCCAAAUUGGAUCAAAACAUAAGGAAGUAAAACAGACUAUCAGCAUGAGCACUAUGUCUCUGAGGACAGUCUUUGAGAACACGCAAACGUCGCUCAGAACUCAUUUAUAGCCAAAAUAGUCAGUUAAUUGACGUGUACUAAUACUUCGUCUAGAUCGGUAUUCUCAACCAAGCUUCUUUUAGGGGCGAGGUUAACUUUUUAUUCGAAUGCAUUGGUUGGACCAGUAACGGGGGGGUACUGCCAUAUAUGGGCUAUAUAGGUAUGUGCUGCUGUGAAGGGUAUGGUUUUCAAGCAGUUUACUCUGGGAUAAGGUAUAUAAAUAAGAGAGUUUGGGUCUAGGCGAGGGUAUCAUUUUCCAUUUAAACUGAUCAAUCGGCUGAAGAUUUUAGUUUAGACUAGGGAAACCGGAAAUUGCCACCCAAGAAUAUAAAAAAAUCAAAUCGGUUUUGAUUUGGCUGGACUGUGCGUGUGACCUCAGUUGCUUCUGGAAAACAGCUACUCUAGGAAAGGGGGGGAUUUGGGGAGUUUAGUCUAGUGUAGGGUAUCAAAAUUCACUUGAACUAGCUCUGGUAUAGGUUAAGGGUUCCAGAGUCCCAGCGGCACAUCCCCAACCAAAAAGUCCUAAAGUAUCCCGCAGGGGACCAGAAAAAGCUGUCCGUUGUGCUCAUUCGCGGCCGUAAUAACGAGUUGUCCGUAUAAGAGGGUAUCCGUAAAGCGGGGUUUGACUUUAUUUACUUUUCUUUUUUCAGGCAAAAAUCAUAGAUAAUGACGGACGUGUUGUACCUAUCAAUACCUCCGGGGAGAUAUGCUUUCGAGGGUAUAGUGUCAUGCUGGGAUACUGGGAAGAUAAGGAAAAAACUGACGCCUGCAUUGAAGCCAGCGGCUGGUUCCAUAGUGGGUGAGUCCUUUAUGACAUGAAAGCAGUUGUGGCUUAAUUUGUGACAUGGCGUUUAGUAUUGAAAAGGAUGAGCGCUAUAGAAAUAUCAUAUUAUUAGGUGUGGUCACACUAGACGUCUUUUCCACUGUUUCCCAGUCGAUUUCACGCCUGCGGUAACACUCUAAAAAUUGCCCAUGGGGAAUGGUAAACCUUUAACCGAUUUGUCGGGAAAUACUGUACUGAUUGAUGGCACGAAGCAUGUGAUGUUUUCGGUGAUUCUAGUGCUUGCAUUACAAGCUCAACCACAAACGCAAACUAGUUGUUCAGAACCUUUUUUAAGAUGAGAACGUCAACGCCGACAACGAUUACGAUUCAUCCAGACCUUGCAGUUUUUGGUUGUAUACCUAAGAUCACGUCGAUAGUAGGGCGUAAGAUUUGGCGCCAAUUUGAAUACAGCACACAAAGAUCACUUGAUUUUUACUGUUUACUGCUUUUCAGUGUCUCGUGAUUGGUUGAGCCCCUUUGGGUUCGUACUAACCCAUAGAGCCACAGGCGACCCAGACUCACAACAACCUACUUGAAACCAAAUUAUAAGGAGUUGUUUGGGAAUUUAUCCUAUGAUCGAUAAAACGGUUAAAAUGUACAUAAACAGUAUACAUACCUCAUGAAGAGAUGUGUCUGUGUUGUUUUCUUACUGUUUCCUGCCCUAUAAACGCCAUUUUAGCAAGUUUUAAUAUUAUGGUACCAAAACAUUAAAACUCGCUAAAAUGGCGUGUGAUUGGGGAAUUCAUGGGAAUUUCCCCGAGGCAAUUUCACCUUAGAAAAAUCGGUCACACGCUAAAACUUGCUUUACCGUGGGUAAGAGUCAUUUACCCAUGGCUGGUGUUCACAGCGGUCAAACGAGUGAAAUUUGCAAAAGUUAAGCGAAAUACUUCAAAGUUAAGGUUGCUACUUUCACUAUCGAAAGUUUAGGGUAUUACCAACAUCCUGUUAGUUUACUAAACUUUUUAAAAGUUUACUAAAAAAGUUCUAAGUGAUUGAAAACCGAUGCUGACGUUAUUAUCGGCGCCAUUUUCAAACACGAUUCUCUUUUAGCGCGAAGCGUUUUCAGCGAAAAAAGCUCAAAAUUUUGAGAAAAAUGGAAAGAUAGUUAUGUUGACUAACUGAUUUAUACAUCUUUGCCCAUUUUUCUCUAACUGGUAAAUGAAAUCCCAGCAAUAAAAAACAAAAAUAACGAUUUAGACGUUUGACCGCGGUGGUUGGCUAGUGUGACCGCAACUAUUACUAUAUUGUAAAAGGUUUGAACUCAGGAGCCAUUUCAAAUUUGACUAACAAUAGACGACUGUUUAACUGUGACAAUAGACGGAUCGAAACGCACCAGUUACUGAUUAGGAGUCUUCAUAGCCAAUAACAUCACGGCUUAACUGACCGACGACCAACAACAUCGCGACGUAAUUGACCAAUCAGAUCAAUAACCAGAGUAUAGUACCAUCAACUGACGUGAUACAACUCACUUUGACUCUGAAGAUGACUACCACACAGAAUGUCGAAACGUCAGUCACUGUCAACAACAACAGUCCUAUUCCGGGCUACGUUCACCCGGACGAUCAUACUCAACCUACUUUUAUUAUGAUAUUAUUGUUAUUACAUGUGGCGGGAGUUGGGAGUAUCUCGAGCACGUUAUCAUGAUUGUGUUUUUCUUGAAGGGAUUUGGCAACAAUGGACGAAGACGGAUACAUAAAGAUCAUUGGAAGAAUUAAGGUACAUUCAUCCUUUUUAUUAAUGCACUCCAAUGAUUUAAUAAAGCCUCCUAAAAUUUGGUAUUUUGCUUCUUGUCAAGGAUCUAAUAAUUCGUGGAGGAGAGAAUAUUUACCCCACAGAAGUGGAGCAGUUUCUGUACAAGCAUCCUAAAGUGCAGGACGUUCAGGUAAAUUCAGCUAUGUAAGCUCUUAGAGAACUGUGUUGCUUUUUGUUUCUUUGUUUCUUUGUUUGUUGGCAUAUUGCCCUCCCCUGGAGGGAAGACUCCACAAAGUUAUAACCCUAACGGGGAGGCCCUGUCCUGUGGUCUGACCCCUUACCCUUUUCUUACCAGUUUUGACAGAAAACGCACCCACUUCAUAUAUCUUUUAUUGCACCGUCUUUUUAGUAUGAACAAAUCACCCAACCAAGGAAGUUUUCUGGUCCUUUUCACAGCCUAGUAUGCGUCUGUUAGGCAGCUUUUAAGUCCUUUUACAGCCCGAAUUGACAGAUUUCCUUCCCCUUUCAUAUACCUGAGCACGUGAAUUUCUUGCCCUUUCAGGCGUCUGGCCCGUAUGAGCCCUUAAGGCUGAUUUAGCAACAGAACGGGAACGUCAUUUGACGACGGGAAAGCGCGCGGUAAGGACUAAACUCGACUUCCGGUGCCCAAUUUGCCGCUGUGCCAUUGGUCAAGCCAGUUGUUUGAUUUGCGCGCGCCGUCAUCAACUGACGUUACCGUUCUGUUGCCAAAUCAGCCUAUUAUGGGGUGUACCCCGUUGGAUUGGGCAUGUGACGUUACGCAUGAAACUAGAUUGGUUUCGUGUCGAAUUGCACCACGGGGUUGUUGUUUGAAUACUAUUACUUCUUCCACUGGCGGUUGCGAAGUUUGGCGGGAAACUGGGUCAAAAUGUGUCCCCAAAACCAAAACAGCGCCAUAGUACAAUUUGACAGAAUAACAUCUACACCCUUUAAAGUGCAACUUCAGAAUGGUCAAUUUCGAUUCAAGUUGUUGAAAAUAUGGACCAAAUUUGGAAAAGGGAGUAUCUGACAAUGCAAGCCCGGACAUCUGAUAGCGUUCCCCUGCAUGAAUGAUGAAUGGAGUUCCUCAAAGAGUGAUUUUUUUUUUAUUUGGCUUACCUUCAGGUUAUUGGCGUCCCUGAUCAACGGCUGGGAGAAGAAAUUUGCGCGUGGAUCAAGUGAGAUAUUCCUUUUCUCUACAUAAUGACAUUUGAAUUUGCUUUGAUACCUUCCGUAGAAGGUUACGGGAAAAAAAUGAUGUUUUCCCACUCGUUGAAGUAAAGGGAAAGUAAGGCCCGUUCAGCUCAAAGGCUGGCUGAUUACAUUAAGGGCCUGUUUACAUGGAGUUGGGGGACCCCAGGUAGGUGAGGUAACAUGUGGCGGGUCACUCCACCUAACAUGUAAACUUGAUGAAAUAUAUUUCAGUGAAAUGAGAGUUUAUAUGGAUAGGCGGGUUACCCCACCUACCUCGGGUCCCCCACUUCCAUGUAAACAGGCCCUAAGAAUUUAAACUUACGGUUAACAAAUCUAAAUGCAAUAAUAAUUUAAAUUACUAUACAGAUUGGAGAAACGUCAAUACGAAGCCACGUUGAAAAAAAAUGUCUUGCUUGGCAGCAGAAAGUCUUUAUUCUUUCAGUUUUUAUUGUGGUUUAUAGAAGUUCAUUAAAAGGUUUUUCGCCACUUAAAAGAAAGGUUCUUCGCCCGUAAUGAAGUUUAACCUUUGUUAGGUAUAACCCAAUACUCUGCUUUGUAGUGCAGGGCUGAACGUUGUAAAAGGUAGCUUAGUAUAAUAAAAAGUAGCUUGGGCCUAAUAAAUGAGGAGGAAGAGGGGCAAGCUUUGCCAUUAGCUCGUGAGCCAAGGUUUCCUUGUCAACUUAUCCAAUAAAGAACCCUUCUCACUUAAUUUUCAGACGAGUACAGGAAUAUAAAGAAUCGUUUGGAUAAAACUAACAGCCACUUUUUCUUUCAGAUUACACGCUGGUGAGUCAGCCACUGAAGAGGAGAUCAAAGAGUUUUGUAAAGGCCAGGUAUGCUCUACGAACUUUAAUCUACAAUGUUACUUUUUGACUUCAAUACUAGUUACAUUCUUGUCGUGUAUUUUUCAGAUUGCUCAUUAUAAAAUUCCUCGUUAUAUCACGUUCGUCGAUGAAUUUCCUCUCACUGUAACGGGAAAGGUAAGAACUGAACCUUAGAGGGUGAGGGUAAUGAAAAAGCUUGGAACUUGAGGGGGUGGGUGUAACGCAAAUGGUAAGUGAACGUGUCUGUGAGGAUGGGGAUAGGAUGAGGGAAAAGAAUUUGACUUUCCUGUCAAAAGAAAAGGUCUUUUCCAAGUUCCAACAAUUCUCACUUUGAAAGCAAGCGAGGUUAACUGCAAACCUUUCUUGUGAAAAUGAGUUUUAUUUGCAUAAAAAUGAGAAAUCAUUUCAGAUCAAUGUCUUCGCAUUUAGCCUACCUCUGAAAGAGAGGCUCGGAAAUGACCAAUUUGAUGGCUGCACAUUCUGAAUCGUGUUAGGUCGUUUAAAGUUUGUGUGAAGACUUCUUGUGAUAAGCCAGUGAAUUCAACCGCAAAACAAGGACUUUAAUUCGUAUUUUCAACGUAUUGUCUCCUUCUAGGUGAAGAAGUUCGUCAUGAGGGAGAAAACAAAAGAAGACCUAAAUCUUUAACCAAGAACAUACUGAUGGUCUAGCGACAAGAUGCGGUCUCCUUAUGUGAUACUGGUCGUACGUGACAUUGCCUAUCAGAGCUGAUGGUAGCUGAUUACUCACAGGAAUACACAAAAUAGAGAGUUCUGGAAAUGAUCUUCACAGCGUGAACUGUAAUUGCACUCUCUUUGCUGGCUGAACCACACUACGUACUAUACACAGUACAAAUGAGGAUUCUAAUGUGAACACGGAAAAUAUUAAACAAUGCCACUGUGAUUACUUUUUUUUCUUAAGUAACAUUUAUUUGGUUACAACACUUCUUAUGACAAUACUUACACUUACAUGGAGGGAAAAUAAAAACAACGUACAAGAGAGAAAGGAAAAAUACAAUGUUACGGCAUUUACAACUAAUUAAGCCACUGUGAUUACUGGCAGGACCUGAACCACCUUUCUGAAAACUGAAAC